CAACUCCCGCUACACAGUGAGCACACUGAGAGACGACCUAAACUGGCCCCGCGCGCUCGUUGGCACGGUGCUCAUCUCCUCAUCCUGUCGGCCUGUCGACCCACCGGCCACCGAGAACGAACCAGACAAUGCCGCGCCACCUGCUGCAGCAGUCCGUCGACCGCCUCGCCGCGAUGGCCGCGCCUCCGGCGGCCACCAUGGACGGCGGUGGGACGAGCGCGCACACGGACACGGUCCUAAUCGUGAUUGCGGUGCUCUGCUUCCUGCUGUGCGUGGUCGGGCUGGCCAUGGUCGCGCGCUGCUCCCUGCUCUGCAACCCCUCCGCCUUCUCCGUCGACGGGCCGGCGGCCAAGGCGCCGUGCGGUGGCCUCGAGAAGAAGACGCUGCAGUCGCUGCCGACCGUGUCGUGGAGGCCGGAACCGAGGGAGGUGGACGAGGAGGAGGGGGAGCGGCCGGAGUGCGCCAUCUGCCUGGCGGAGUUCGCGCGCGGCGACGAGGUGCGCGUGCUCCCGCACUGCGGCCACGGCUUCCACGCCGCCUGCGUCGACGUGUGGCUCCUCUCCAGCUCCACCUGCCCGUCCUGCCGCCGCGCCCUCGUCGUCGUGUCGCCGGCGCCGCCAACCACCCAUCCUCCCGCGGGUACGACGACGUGCUGUGCCGUGGCAGGCCGCUGCCGGCCGUCGUCAUCGUAGGCGACCGACCGGCCGUCUACAUACAUAUCCUGGUCUGUUCCCGCAGCUGCUGCAGAGUACAGAUUAUGUUCAGACGUAGUCGCUCACGUACGUACAUACGCGCCAUUUGAUUAGUUGUUUACAUACAUUUCCCAUGUGUCAUGUCAUCCGAACACAUCUGUAUACCGUAUACUGUAUACGCGUACGUGCAACUGGACGGUGUGCAUGCCAUGGGUCGAUGAUGCACCGCUUGGUAUGUUUCUACAGGUCAGUUGACUGACUUCUUUUUGGGUUAGUCGACUGACCCAAACUCGUUUCAGUUGAAUGGCUACAAGUUAGUUGAUUGACGUGUUUGCUGAAUCCCAAGCUCACCGGUGGACUCCCUGGCCCGUGUAUUACCCUUGAAGAAGAACGAAUAUAAAAAAACUGAACAUUGACAAUACCCGUUAAGAAGAAAGGCGAUAAAAACCAGGUAAGGUAAAAUCUGCAAGCAAUUUACACAGAAAUUGCGUUUUGUUAUAAUAUGCAAAAAUAAAGGUAUUACCAUUAAAGAGAUAAAAUGAAAUAAAUUAAAAUUAAAAUGAAAACAAAAUAAUGAAUUUUUCUAGGGAAGAAUAAAACGCUUUAAGAAGAAAGAUAAUAAAAAUCAAAACAAAAUAAUGAAAUUUUCUAGCGAAGAUUGAAACCCUUUAAGAAGAAAGAAAAUAAAAAAAUAAAGAAAGAAGUUUCUGUACUCUGAUGUAAUUUGUACAUGUAGUACUUGCAUGUAUACAUUUCGACGCACUCAACAUCCAAAAAUACACGUAAAGAAGAAAAAAAACUCAACAGAAAAAUAAAAAAUAAAAGCAUACACGUGCAGAAUACAAAAGUAAAAACAUGAAAAAAAAAGCAUACACACCAAAAUCCAGCCCAAGAAGGAAAUCGACUGACCCAAAAUAGGCGUCAAUCGAAUCCAAACAACCCAAUACCACCAACAAAAAUUGACAGAAAAAAGAAAAGUU